AUGGUGUCGUAUACUCUGUGUUUUUUCCUUAUUACAUUAAGCCUCAGCAAUGCUAAUCUCUUGGAAAUGUCUCGGACGCUUUGGUCCAAGUUUCUCAAUGGUGGCUUAUCAAAUAUUGGAUCAUUAGAUCCAUUACGUAUCCCUCAAGUGAAAGUCGACCAAUCCCAUGGCCAUACAAGUUAUCGUUUGAUGUUAAGUAACGUUCAAAUUUUUGGACUCAAUUCAUCAACAUUAGAGAGUAUUCAUAUUGGACGAGGAAGUGUUAAAUCAAAUUCUAGUGAAAAAGAAGCUGGAUAUGUUACUUACACAGAUCAGAAUAUCAUUGAUUCUAUUAGAUACAGAUUUCACACAGCAGAUCAAGAAUCAAAUAAACCUGAUCAGACUUCAGAAAAAUUAGGAGUCGAGUCUAUUGAAAAAUUCGGAGAUGGUAGUCGUAGCAGAAAUCAAGAUGAUGGAUUAUCACUCAGAGCUCAUUCUAACCGAAAUGAAGAGCAGAAGAAUAAUUAUCAGAAUAGACAACCAGUUCGUUAUCAACAAUAUCAACAGUAUCGAAGUGAACGUUAUCGCAAUCGAGAAGAUGAUGAGAUACGGAAUCAAUUUGGUAAUAAUAGACAAUAUAAUGAACAAAGUAAUGAUCGUUCUAAUUCACAUGACUACCAGCACCAACAACACAAUUAUCAUAAUCAUCAAUAUCAAACUACUAAAUACACUAAUUACCACUCUACUACCCCACGUCCAAAUGUUCAUAAUCGAGAGAACGAAGAUCGUCCUGUUCACUUGGUGUAUGCUCAUCAACAAAUGAAUAUUAAUAGUCGGGAUAGAUCAAGAUCUCAUGGUGAACAAUCUACAAAUCAACAAAAUCCAAAAGGAACUAUUGAUGUUUCUAUAAAUAAUCAAAAUUAUCGAAGUUAUAAUAAUAGAGGAAAUUCAAUGAGACAUUCAUCUGAAAGUAGUACUGAAUCAUGUUCACAUCAUGAUCACCAGUCAUCACGACUGGAAAAUCAACCUGGAUUUGUAGACAUUGUUUAUACCAGAAGACAAUACCAAGAAGAACCUCAUUUUGGCAAGCUGACUGUUGAAAAAAAAGGAAAUGAAACUGUUUAUAGUAUUGAAGAUGUUUUGAGGGAUUUAGAUAAUCAUAAAAGAUUUAUAAUUCAUAAUUUCACUGAAGAAGAAUUAUUACUGAAGAAAAACGAUCAAAUGCGUACAGCAUUAGAAAGUAAAAGGAUUCAUGAUUUAAUUAGGUAUGCACGAGAGUUUCAAGAGAAGCAUGGGUAUUUUGAAGAAGGGAUGGAGCUUAAGUAUCAUUAUGGUAAUGAAAAUAAUUCGAAAAUGUUAGAUGUGAAAAGAACAAAACGUGCACAUGUCGAACGUGAUAAUGAGGAUGACAUUGUUCAUGUAGUGGCAAAGAUUCGUGUUCCUUUAUUGAAAGUAAAAGCAGAUUACAAUCUUAUGGGAACCGUAGAAAAAACAAUUCUGCGUGGCAAUGGUCAAUUCAAUGGAGAAUUUACGGAAUUAAUUGGCUACUUUACCGUUGAAUUGAGGAAAAUUGGAGAUUCUUCAUUGAUGGUACGGGCAACUAGGGCAAAACUCGUUGCCGAGAGCAAGAAUGUCAAUCUCCAGGGAAUGAACGAGAAUGGACCAGUAAAAGAAAUUUUAACUCAAGGCUUAAUGGCUGCAGAAGCAGUGGCUGCGAUGUUGGUCGAUGACCUGACGACAAAAGUCCUUAACGAGACAACUAAUGAUGCCAUUAUUUUUAAAAUGUAUAAAGACUUACCAAAUAAUUGA